UUCACCAGAUUCAUCGAGACCACUCCAGAGAGGCCUGAGCCAGAAAGUCUACGAUGAAGCUCAUCACCGUGACCCUGUUCUGCCUGCUGGCGGCAAGAAUGUGGCUGCAGGAUGUGGACAGCAUGAGCAUGCAUGUGUCGUCUUCCACUUGUUGCUUCACAUUUGUGAAGAAAAUGAUUUCAUUGAAUAGAAUUCAGUGUUACAGAAACUCCAGUUCCUCCUGCUCCAACCCGAAUGGUCUAAUACUGAAGAUGAAAGGAGGCAGAGAGAGCUGUGCCUUGAAGACAGACCGAUGGAUUAAGAGUAGUUUACAAAAGAUAAAAUCCUGCCCAUAAACGAAAAUGUGAUCGAAAUCCUUUCCACGCUAGACUCUGGAGACCAUGUGGCUUUACCCACUCCACAGCCUCCAAUGCUACACCAAUCCUUCCAUACCAACUUUGCUGGGUCACGAAGGGUCUGGCGGGUCCUGAUAAGCUAUGUCGUCUCACUUUAUAUCUUUAUAUUAUAAAAUCUUCCAUUCUUGCCUCCAUGUUCCUCCCCACAGGGAUUUCACGGUGCAAACUUGAUUGGCAUUGAGGAGCUGGGGCCAGGGGCUGGAGGAGGGGAUGGGGAGACAUGUUGGAACUGAU